AUGGCACAAGAGAAAAGGACAACCAAAUCUAAAUCCGAAUACUUUUUAGAUAAUGAUGAAGCAUCUUCAAGUAGUACAAUCAAAAAAAGGUUGAAAAGAGCCCCUACGGAAGACUCAGAAGAUGAAGUUAGUCUUGAAACUCAUAAAAAAAGAAGGAUUGGAGAAGGCCAGUUAGAAAAACUUUCUAUCAAUUACACCGUUGACAACAUUAUUCAAAAAACAAAGAAAGAUAAUAAUGAGCUCAUGAGUAUUCUUAGUGAUUUAAAUCUUGUUAAGGUUGCAAAAAAUAAGAUUACCGUCAGUUUUAAAGAAUCGAUGAUUAUUGAUCUACCACAAUUAAGCGAAAACAAAUUUCAAA